AUGACUGUAGUGACUGAUCCUUGCGUCAGUUGCGGAUACCCCAGGUGUUCGCGCUGUCGAGUGGACAAACUGCAAAUUCGACAACACUUUCACCGCGAUACUGCCCGCGACGAACACACCCACAACGAUCAUACGUAA